AUGGCGCCUCCAGCUUUCGGGAGCCGUCGUACUUCCAACUCGGGCUCGCUCUCCUCUUCGUCUGGUGAAGACGAGAUGCCUUUAACCCCUAGCCUCUCUCCUCCCUUUGCCGAUCUCCAGGUACAUGGACUUGGCAUGUCUGUUCCCCUUCCCAAGCUUCGUACGGCGCCAGUCCAGCUCGCCCAAGUCGUCACACGCGGAUCAGAAGACUCACUCUCUUCGAGAGCCGGCAGCUUCGGUAGAGACAGCGUGAACACAGCGUCGAGUUCAUCGCCCUCGACGCCGACCCGUUUGCUUUUCGUUAGCGAGAGCUUGGACGCGCUCUCAAAGCCCACGAGCCUCGAUGAACUGAUGCGCCUCCGCGCAGCCGCCAAACAACUCGACAUGGAAUCUCAGCGUUUGCGGAGACACAAAGGCCUCGACCCCUCGGCUGUCCGCAAGGUUCCGCGCAAGGCCGUGCCGCGCAUCACUGAGGCCGAAUUGGAAUACUCUCCUCCGCCUCGGGUCGCGAGCAGCCCUGCGGCCCGCCAUUCCCUCAUCAUUCCCUCGACAUAUUCGUUGCUGGUGGAUGAACCACACAAGGAAUUCGUCGCGCAGGCAACAACGCUUGCUGAAGCACGCGCCAUUGCCAAGCUCAAGAGUGCAGCUGCCGACGGACUCGGCGCCAUCGGCAAGCCCCAAUCCAUUGCUGCCCGCCGCAAAGCCUUUUAUUCUCAGGGCAAGGCAGCCCAGUCUGUCAUGGAGUUGGAUUCACGCAAAGAGACGCAGUGGACACCUCCACCUUUCCUCGCUGCGCGACACGCUUCCUACUCGCCAUCUACUGUAAAGCAGAGAGGAAACACGCCAGCCUCGCCGGCUGCCCCAGGACCGCCCGUCACCGCCCUCCCAACCCCACUCCCGAUCCCCACCCUCCCGACGCGGGCCGAGCUCGCGAUCCCCCUCCCUCCUAUCCCUCCCAUGCUCGAGGUCGAACCACCCACUCCUACGCGCAAGGCAUCUCAAAUCUUCCUGAAACACAAGAAGAUCUCGCGCUUCUUCGGCAAGGCAUAG